UAGUGUCCUUGUGCUGCCAUCACUUGUGUUUCUGCUGGGGAGUUUCUCACAUCCUUAAGGAGGCCAGUGAGAACAGGACAGUUGCUUUUUCUUGAUCAAAGGGGAAGAAGAGUGUGUAGAUUAUUAGUAGAGUCCAAGUUUUCCCACCAUUAGUGAUGAGUGCAAAUGAGGUUUCAUGUUCACAUUUUGAGUGGAAGUUCCUAAACUUGAUAUGUGCUAAUGUGCUUACUGCUGGUUGCUGUGCCUCAGACAUGGAGGAUUCCUUCGCCAGGGCUCUAGGAAGGUCUAUUAGUGGGUAUGCCUUGGAUGGCUUCAGUGCGUUAGGGACCACACGAGGAGGACGGUAUCUGCAUAUUCCCAAACAGACUGCGACCAUGCCAGUUGCUGACACAAUGACAGCUACCACAGUCACCAAUGUGAGCGUCAAACCUAAGACCAGUGUUUGCAAAACUAUUGAGAGGAUCAGGUUUGCAUGUCUAAAUAACACAGCCGCUAAGAAAGGAUUUUGGAGUGGGCCUUCAAAGAGGAAGUGCUCUGAGACUGUUACCAUCACCCCCAAGCUGGUACAUCAGGCAGAGUCAUCAUCUGUGGUAAAGAGCACACUCAAAGCACUGGAAAACUUGAUGUUGGAUCCAAGGCUGGACUGUUUUCAGCAGAACAUGCUUAGUCCCAAGAUGAUCAUUGGGGACCCAUCUAUAGAACUAAAUAUCCGGGACAGCGGCAGGAUUAUAAGGAAGCAGAUAGGAGGUGCUCAGAACCUGCGGGCUGUUGGGAAAGUCAGCUUGAAAAACAAGCCUCUGAGCAUCAAGGACAAAAUUUCAGAAUGGGAAGGAAAAAAGGAAAGUCAUGUAUCAGCCUGGAAGGAGGAGGAGCAAGGCGUUAAAGAGGAGUUCAGUUCAUUUUUGGGUGUAGUAGAGAAGAUGACCAGGGAAAGUGCAGUUGUGAGGGAUGUGGAUACCAAGAGGCUUAUAAACUGGCAGCUGGAAUGCAAAGGUACAACCAUAGAGAAUGAGAGAAGAAUAGGGGGGCUAAAAAGUUCCGGGCUGCAUAUGGAGAGAAAAGCAGACCUAAAGUUAAGGGAAGAAGAGCCUAAUUCCAGCACUGGCAAAAGCACCGAGCUGAAGGAAGGCAAGAAAGAUGUCCAGAAGGAGAACCUGUCUGUCCUGCGUCAGGUCAAAAAGCUGGAGCAGGCCUUGAAGGGAGGGUCAGCUGAGCUGCUGCCACAAUUGCCAGGUACUUAUUAUUCCCCACACUGUCUGCAAGAGAAAACAGAUGAGAGGCAGAGUCCUUCUGAAAGUCAGGAAAGCGGCAGCCGGCCAGAGCUCGAUAAACGGCUCCUCAGCUUGGACUCGGAAGCCGGUGAGCCAAUCUUUGGGACUCUGGAAGAGGUGAAAACAUCCCAUGCAAAAUGUAAGCCUGGCAAUGAGGAAAAUGUGUACACAGAGCCAGGAUUGCCAGAUAAGAAACCUUUUAUCAAUCCACUCCCCAAGCCUCGGCGGACUUUUAAACAUGAGGGCGAAGAAGGAUGGGUUCCACCAGUUAGGAAUAAGCGAAAUUUGCCCCCUCUGCCCUCUGUCCCACCACCUCCUCUCCCUUCUUCACCUCCCCCUUCAGCUGUCAGCAGAAGACUGAGGAAUGGGAAACAUAAGACAAACACCAGUCACAGGAAGUCUUAUGAGUUUGAAGAUUUGUUGCAGUCCUCUUCCGAGAAUGGCCGGGUGGAUUGGUAUGCUCAGACCAAGCUGGCCCUAACACGCACUUUAUCAGAGGAAAAUGUCUAUGAAGAUAUUUUAGAUCCACCAGCAAAAGAGAACCCCUAUGAAGAUAUUGAGACAAAUAGCCGUUGCCUGGGGAAGAAAUGUGUUCUGAACUUCCAAGCGUCUCCUUCAUCUUCAGUUCCUGGCACACCCACAAAGCUGCUCUCCAAGCCCAUCUUCUUCCGGCAAAACUCGGAACGGCGGAGUUUCAAGUUAUUAGACAUACGGAAAUCAAAUCGAGACGGGACGUGUUCUCCUUCCAAAAUCAGUCCCCCUUCCACUCCCAGCAGCCCUGAUGAUACUUUCUUCUCCUUGGGUGAUACUCAAAAUGGAAAGAGGAGGAGAAGAAUUCCUAAGCUGGUGUUAAAAAUCAACGCCAUCUACGAGGCACGAAGAGGAAAGAAGCGAGUCAAGAGGUUGUCGCAAUCCACAGAGAGCAGCUCUGGAAGAGUUACAGAUGAGAAUAGUGAAUCGGACAGCGACACUGAAGAGAAGCUGAAAGCUCACAGCCAGCGCCUGGUUCAUGUGAAGUCUCGCCUGAAGCAAGCCCCCAGAUACCAAACCUUGGAGCGGGAUCUCAUCGAGUACCAAGAAAGGCAGCUCUUUGAGUACUUCGUAGUGGUGUCAUUGCACAAGAAGCAGGCUUGUGCCCCAUAUGUCCCUGAAGUCACCCAGCAGUUUCCAUUAAAGCUUGAACGUUCCUUCAAAUUCAUGAGGGAAGCAGAGGACCAACUGAAAGCCAUUCCUCAGUUUUGCUUCCCUGAUGCUAAAGACUGGACACCCGUCUGCCAAUUUAACAGUGAGACUUUCUCAUUUGUCUUGACUAGUGAAGAUGGGAGCCGACGGUUCGGAUACUGCAGAAGGUUACUGCCUAGUGGGAAAGGGAAGUGUCUUCCUGAGGUUUACUGCAUUGUGAGCCGCCUUGGAUGUUUCAACCUCUUUUCUAAGAUCUUGGAUGAGGUUGAGAAAAGGCGUGGGAUUUCCCCUGCUUUGGUGCAGCCCCUUAUGAGGAGCGUCAUGGAGGCUCCUUUUCCUGCGUUGGGUCGAACCAUCAGCAUCAAGAACUUCCUUCCUGGCUCUGGGACAGAAGUAAUAGAGUUGCGUCGACCACUUGACUCAAGGCUCGAGCAUGUUGACUUUGAGUCCCUGUUUUCCUCACUGAGCAUACGGCACUUAAGCCGAGUCUUUGCUUCCCUACUGCUGGAGAGGAGGGUGAUAUUUAUAGCAGACAAACUCAGCACCUUGUCGAAAUGCUGCCACGCCAUGGUGGCACUCCUUUACCCCUUCACAUGGCAGCACACCUACAUCCCUGUACUCCCCCCUUCGAUGAUUGACAUUGCAUGCUCACCAACUCCCUUUCUCAUCGGUCUGCUCUCCAGUUCGCUACCCCGCCUCAAGGAACUUCCAGUAGAAGAGGUCCUUGUGGUCGACCUUGUCAAUAACCGAUUUCUCAGACAGAUGGAAGAUGAAGACUCUAUUUUACCUCGGAAGUUGCAAGGAGCGCUGGAACACAUCCUGGAGCAAAGAAAUGAGCUGGCAAAUGACAAGGAAGAGGGCAUUCCCAAUGGCAAGCAGGAGUCCAGCCCCUUGAAUGAAGUGGUGUCGGAAGCUUUUGUCCGCUUCUUUGUGGAAAUUGUGGGGCACUAUUCCCUUUUCAUGACUCCCAGCGAGAGGGAAGAAAGAACCCUGCAGCGGGAAGCCUUCCGGAAGUCCGUCUCUUCCAAGAGCCUUCGGCGGUUCUUGGAGGUCUUUAUGGAGACCCAGAUGUUCGGGGGCUUCAUUCAGGAACGAGAGUUGCGAAAACAGGGAGCCAAAGGUUUAUUUGAGGUACGUGCCCAGGAGUACCUAGAAACCCUUCCUAGCGGAGAGCAGAGUGGAGUCAAUAAAUUCCUGAAAGGGUUAGGUAGCAGAAUGAAAUUUCUCCACAAGAAGUAAGAUCUUAAGAGUGCCACUAUUGCAGGGAGAAGGAUUUUUUUUACAGUUCAGCAGACACAAAAUGGACUGAUUGCCCCCUCCCCCAUUUAAAACCAAUUCCCAUUUAGCCUUCUCCAAAGGAAGGGAAAGCCCAACCCCAGGAGGCAGGGUGUCCAGGCAUAGCCUGUGGCACUAAGGGGACAAAGAAGAGGCUGCUGGGAGAGGUCUCUGGGCUUCUACAAAGAACAUGCACUGGACAAAGCACUCUCGGAACUCUCCAUUGGCGCUUUGCAUAUUUCACGGUGGUUUUUUUUAAUUAUUAUUAUUAUUUCUUAGCUAUUAAACAUUUUGAAAUGUUGUUUCUUAUUUAUAUUGAGGUUAAGAAGACUAUUAGCGAAUGACACUUGCCCCGGCUCCUCUCUCAAGUGGUAGCCAAGGGCGUUGCUGAAAAGAGGCUGUAUUAAGCUGGAUUGUAAGAUACUGCCAGGGACAAUAUGAUGAAGAAAGGGGAGAAGUGGGGGGCACUGUGGUCAGAUACUAGAAGGACACUUGUGGGCAGGAAGAGGAAGAGCUUCUAAAUGAGGGAAGGUGGGGCAGGGGUAGACCAUUGAAGCUGCUGAGAAAUUGCUACCCACUCAAGCAACCACUAUGUGAUGGAAGAUUUUAUGCCCCUCCGAGUCUUUGGGGAACACAUGUGCACCCUUUCUUGGAGUAAGCUCAGAGACUGAUGUGAUGUAAUUAAAAGUGAGUGAAAUGAAAGAAAA